AUGCGUGAAAUUGUUCAUCUUCAAGUUGGACAGUGUGGUAAUCAAAUUGGAUCUAAGUUUUGGGAAGUGAUUUCUGACGAACAUGGAAUCGAUCCAGCAGGAGCAUAUCGUGGUGAUUCAGAUCUCCAGCUGGAAAGGAUUAACGUUUACUAUAACGAAGCGAUGGGAGGAAAAUAUGUUCCACGUGCAAUAUUAGUAGACCUGGAACCAGGAACAAUGGAUAGUGUCCGUGCAGGUCCUUUUGGUCAACUUUUUCGUCCAGACAAUUUUGUAUUUGGACAAAGUGGUGCAGGAAACAACUGGGCUAAAGGUCAUUAUACUGAAGGUGCUGAACUUGUGGAUUCAGUAUUAGAUGUGAUGCGUAAGGAGGCAGAGAACACGGAUUCUCUUCAAGGUUUUCAAUUGACUCAUUCACUUGGUGGUGGAACUGGUUCAGGUUUGGGAACAUUGUUGAUUUCGAAAAUUCGUGAAGAGUAUCCUGAUCGAAUAAUGAACACAUUUUCAGUUGUUCCGUCACCAAAGGUCUCAGAUACUGUUGUCGAGCCAUACAAUGCUACACUCUCAGUACAUCAACUUGUUGAGAACACUGAUGAGACGUUCUGCAUCGACAACGAAGCACUCUAUGACAUCUGUUUCAGAACACUGAAGUUAACCAAUCCCACUUAUGGAGAUCUCAAUCAUUUGGUCAGUGCAACCAUGUCUGGGGUGACCACCUGUCUCAGAUUCCCUGGACAAUUGAAUGCUGAUUUACGAAAACUGGCAGUGAAUAUGGUCCCAUUCCCUCGACUUCAUUUCUUCAUGCCAGGAUUCGCUCCACUGACAAGUCGUGGCUGUCAACAGUACCGAUCAUUAACUGUGCCUGAACUGACACAGCAAAUGUUCGAUGCGAAGAAUAUGAUGGCUGCUUGUGAUCCUCGUCAUGGUCGUUAUUUGACAGUGGCAGCGAUCUUCCGUGGUCGUAUGUCUAUGAAGGAGGUGGAUGAGCAGAUGUUGAAUGUGCAGAAUAAGAAUUCGAGUUAUUUUGUCGAGUGGAUUCCGAAUAAUGUGAAGACGGCGGUAUGUGACAUUCCUCCUCGUGGUUUGAAGAUGUCGGUGACUUUUAUUGGUAAUAGUACAGCUAUUCAAGAGUUGUUUAAGCGUGUUUCUGAACAGUUUACUGCAAUGUUCCGUCGUAAAGCGUUUUUACAUUGGUAUACAGGUGAAGGUAUGGAUGAGAUGGAAUUUACUGAGGCUGAAUCAAAUAUGAAUGAUUUGAUGCGUGAAAUAGUACAUAUACAAGUUGGACAAUGUGGUAAUCAAAUUGGGUCAAAAUUUUGGGAAGUGAUUUCUGACGAACAUGGAAUCGAUCCUACGGGAAAUUAUACAGGUGAAUCUAAUUUACAGCUGGAACGAAUUACAGUGUACUACAAUGAAUCAUCUUCUCAGAAAUAUGUUCCACGUGCAAUAUUAGUAGACCUGGAACCAGGAACAAUGGAUAGUGUUCGUACAGGUCCUUUUGGAAAAUUAUUUCGUCCAGACAACUUUGUAUUUGGACAAAGUGGUGCAGGAAACAACUGGGCUAAAGGUCAUUAUACUGAAGGUGCUGAACUUGUGGAUUCAGUAUUAGAUGUGAUGCGUAAGGAGGCAGAGAACACGGAUUCUCUUCAAGGUUUUCAAUUGACUCAUUCACUUGGUGGUGGAACUGGUUCAGGUUUGGGAACACUGUUGAUUUCGAAAAUUCGUGAAGAGUAUCCUGAUCGAAUAAUGAACACAUUUUCAGUUGUUCCAUCUCCUAAGGUGUCCGACACUGUUGUCGAGCCAUACAAUGCUACACUCUCAGUACAUCAACUUGUUGAGAACACUGAUGAGACGUUCUGCAUCGACAACGAAGCACUCUAUGACAUCUGUUUCAGAACACUGAAGUUAACCAAUCCCACUUAUGGAGAUCUCAAUCAUUUGGUCAGUGCAACCAUGUCUGGGGUGACCACCUGUCUCAGAUUCCCUGGACAACUGAAUGCUGAUCUACGAAAACUGGCAGUGAAUAUGGUCCCAUUCCCUCGACUUCAUUUCUUCAUGCCAGGAUUCGCCCCACUGACAAGUCGUGGCAGUCAACAGUACCGAUCAUUAACUGUGCCUGAACUGACACAACAAAUGUUCGAUGCGAAGAAUAUGAUGGCUGCUUGUGAUCCUCGUCAUGGUCGUUAUUUGACAGUGGCGGCGAUCUUCCGUGGUCGUAUGUCUAUGAAGGAGGUGGAUGAGCAGAUGUUGAAUGUGCAGAAUAAGAAUUCGAGUUAUUUUGUCGAGUGGAUUCCGAAUAAUGUGAAGACGGCGGUAUGUGACAUUCCUCCUCGUGGUUUGAAGAUGUCGGUGACUUUUAUUGGUAAUAGUACGGCAAUGCAAGUGCUAUUUAAACGAAUUUGUGAACAGUUCAGUGCUAUGUUCCGUCGUAAAGCGUUUUUACAUUGGUAUACCAGUGAAGGUAUGGAUGAGAUGGAAUUUACUGAGGCUGAAUCAAAUAUGAAUGAUUUGGUAAGUGAAUAUCAACAAUAUCAAGAUGCAACAGUCGAUGAUGAAAACGAUUCUGAUAUCGAAGGAAUAGAGGAAGCUUAG